CCCACAAAAACAAUCUCUUGGGUUGAUUCCCUUCAACACCCAUUACUCAAAAUUUCAAAAAUUUGGCUAUUCUGCGUUGGUGUUGGAGGAGGUAAAGGCAUUGUUGUGUUGUGGUGGGGUUAUUGGACGUGGAGGCAUUGGUUUUGGUGUGUGUGGUUUUGAGGAUUUUUGGAUAUUGUGAUGAGAAACAGGAGCUAGGAUAAUUCCCAUGCUCCUUCUCAUAGUAUGGGAAUGGAACAGUGAUUUUUGAGGCAAUGGGUGUGGGAAGAGCUGGUUUUUCAAUUUGUUUUCUGAUUCUGCUUUUUGUGUUGGUUGUGGGGAGCUCAGAGGCCAAGAGGAGGACGGCUAAGACCUUUUUUUCCAAUAGAGCUUAUGAGGUUGCUAUGGAGAUAGAUGAGGACACGGCAGAACAGGUGUGGAUUCAAUGCAGGCAAGAACUGAUGGAAAUGAAUUAUGCUGUUGAGGAGUUUGAUUUGUGUUUCACUGAGGAGGAAAUGAGCGGCUCUAGUGAAAUGAAUCCGAAAGCAGCAUUGUUGUUAAAAAGAAAUGUGCACAAAGCUAUCAAUAGCUUGGCUCCCCAAAUGAAAGAAUCUCUUUUGGACUGUUUAAGAACAAAAAAUCUUAUCUUCAGCGUUUCAGGUGAUGAGGUUCCCUCUAAGAGUUGGUUCAUCAAGUACCUUGAGCUGCUCUUUGGUUGGUCUAAUCAUUCCAGAAGACAUUUGGCGAAUGUGCCACAACUAACAAUAGAGACAUCCCCUGAUUCAGCUCCAGGCCCAGAUCAAGACCCUGCAUUAGUAGAUUCAGGGAUUUAUUAUGGUCCUGCACCAGGUUAUUAUCCUUCACCUGCUGGUUCCCAACUUCGGAGGCCAAAGCAACUUUCCAAGACUCCAGAAGAUGCAUCUUCCCCACCAGAUAACAUGGGCUCACUGUUGCCACCUUCACCUGCUAAACGCUCUCCACCAAAACGCCCUCCACCAAAGCCACAUGUUGCUCAAUCGGAACCAGAGUCUCCACCAAAGAAGCCUGAAGAUAGCUCGAAGAAAGCUAUUGCUCUUGCUUCAGCUGCAGUGGCUGUGCUAUCAUUUGCUACACUUGUAUUACUAUGCUGUCUCAAUGUUAGGAGAAAUAAAGUUGGCCCUCGAGAUCAACAGAGAGAUAAGAAGCCUCUGCUCACCUUAAGUGAUUUCUCUGCUGGUUCUUCACAGCAGUCUCUUAGCAUAAAUUCAAGUGGCAAAGACUUCAGUGAUAAUUCAAACCUCAUAGGACAGCAUCCCUCUUUUUCCACUGAUGAUCAUAACUCUGUAUCAGAAGCUACUGCUGGUGGACCAACCCCACUUCCUCUUUUAAAACCUCCUCCAGGAAGACUUGCUCCUCCUCAUGCUCUCGCCCCUGCUCUUGCUCCUGCUCCUACUCCUGCUCCUCCACCUCCUGGACCACCACCUCCUCCCCCACCUAAACCUCCUGCCAAGCCUGGUCCUCGUCCCCCACCACCGCCAAAAAUUGUUCGUCCUCCACCUAUGCCACCAAAAUCAUCAGCUGCUAAUUCAAAGUUGCCCCCUCUGGGACCACAUCAUCGAAAGAAUACUGCUUCUGGUGAGGGAGAUGAUGUAACAGGUGAAUCUGAUGCUCCAAAAACCAAGUUAAAGCCCUUCUUCUGGGAUAAGGUUCUUGCCAGCCCUGAUGAGUCCAUGGUCUGGCAUGAGCUAAGUGCGGGAUCAUUCCAGUUCAAUGAGGAGAUGAUAGAAUCCCUAUUUGGUUAUACCAAUGUGGAAAAGAACAAAAAUGAUAGCAAGAAAGAAUCAGCAUCCUCAGAACCCCAGUAUAUACAAAUAAUUAACCCAAAGAAAGCACAGAAUUUAUCAAUUCUUCUACGAGCACUGAAUGUGACAACAGAAGAAGUUUAUGAUGCCCUUAAGGAAGGCAAUGAGCUUCCUGCAGAGCUCCUCCAAACUUUGUUGAAGAUGGCACCUACACCGGAUGAAGAACUAAAGCUCAGGUUAUUCUCUGGCAAUACUUCUCAACUUGGCCCUGCAGAACGAUUCCUCAAAGUUUUGGUUGAAAUCCCAUUUGCAUUUAAGCGGAUGGAAGCAUUACUGUUCAUGAGUUCUCUUCAGGAGGAAGUGUCUAGCAUCAAAGAGUCAUUUGCUGCUUUAGAGGUUGCUUGCAAGGAACUCAGAAACAGUAGGCUGUUCCUAAAGCUCUUGGAAGCAGUUCUGAAAACUGGAAACCGCAUGAAUGAUGGUACUUUCCGUGGUGGAGCCCAGGCCUUCAAGCUUGACACACUCUUGAAGCUGUCUGAUGUAAAAGGAAUUGAUGGCAAGACCACCCUCUUACACUUUGUUGUCCUGGAAAUCAUCCGGUCUGAAGGCAUAAGAGCAGCCCGCGCACCAAGGGAGAGCAAGAGCUUCUCCAGCUUGAAAUCAGACGAUUUAACUGAGGAUCCCAGCAAUGAGACAGAACACUUUCGCACCCUUGGUCUUCAGGUGGUCUCAGGCUUAAGUAAUGAACUUGAGAACGUUAAAAAGGCAGCGAUUAUAGAUGCUGAUAGCUUAACCUCAACAGUGUCCAAUCUAGGCCAUUCACUGCUAAAAACCCGAGACUUUCUACGAAAAGAUAUGAGUAAUUUACAGGAAGAAAGUGAUUUCCACCGUUCACUUGCUAGUUUUGUGGAGCACGCAGAAGUUGAUAUCACAUGGAUGCUGGAGGAAGAAAACAGGAUAAUGACUCUGGUGAGGAGCACGGUUGACUACUUCCAUGGGCAUUCAGGGAAGGAUGAGGGAUUGCGUUUGUUUGCAAUUGUUCGUGAUUUCUUGAAAAUUUUAGACAAGGUCUGCAAUGAGGUGAGGAAAUCAACCAUAAAGCCAACAAAGAAUCCAAAGACUGAGGCUCCAACAGUAUCAGCUCCCCCAGAAGUUCAUCAGUCAUCUUUGCAAGACAUGCGCCAAAAACUAUUUCCUGUGAUUGCAGAACGGCGGAUGGAUAAUAGUUCCAGUUCCAGUUCAGAUGAUGACAGCCCAUCUUCUUAGCCUUCACUUCAUGUAGGUACUUGACAUUCAUUAACACUGGAAAGAACUGCUUCCAGCUAAGGAGUGAUUUUCCUGGAAAUUGCUUCCAAACAUCCUGUGUGUGGAAACCAAGUAGUUUCCAGGAGUAAGAGCUGUGAAUUCACAUUGCCCUUGUUUAGGUGGCUUUGAAAUAUUGGAAGCAGGUACUUUGUAGAACCACGUCACCAUAUUGGAAGCUUUACUUAGUUUUGUUCUUGAUUCUUCUGUAAAUGACACUUUAGAUGAUAAACAUCAUUCAUUGAA